UCUGGACCGUCCAGAUAUUAGGGUAAGAUAUCGCAUCGUCCCUUCUCGUUAAAACCUCCUACCCUGUUAUAAGUAGGGUUUCUCUUCUGUGGUGGGAAGUGGGCAGUGGACGUUCCUCCAAGCGUAGCAGUCAGGUAAUAGAUCUGCCAAGAUGUACACAUUUAGAAGGAAAAUCCAGAAAGACAAGGAUGCUGAGCCUUCGGAAUUUGAGGAGUCAGUUGCUCAGGCACUCUUUGAUUUGGAGACUUCCAAUGGGGAUCUCAAAAGUGAUUUGAAAGAUCUUUACAUAAAUUCAGCAGUUCAGAUGGAUGUUUCUGGGAAUCGGAAGGCUAUUGUAGUUCAUGUUCCCUACAGACUGAGGAAAGCUUUCCGCAAGAUUCAUGUUAAGCUUGUAAGGGAGUUGGAGAAGAAGUUCAGUGGGAAGGAGGUGAUCAUUAUUGCCACCCGAAGGAUCUUGAGACCUCCAAAGAAGGGCUCUGCUGUUCAGCGACCUCGCAGCCGUACACUAACUGCUGUGCAUGAUGCCAUGCUGGAGGAUGUUGUUUACCCUGGAGAGAUUAUUGGGAAACGUAUCAGAUACCGUAUUGAUGGGUCCAAAAUAAUCAAGAUUUACCUGGAUUCGAAGGAGCGGAACAACACUGAGUAUAAGCUUGAGACAUUUGCAGGAGUUUACCGGAAGCUUUCGGGGAAAGAUGUUGUGUUCGAAUACCCAAUUACCACCGAGGCAUAAAAAUACCGAUGAUACUCCAUUAUCAUGAAUCUCUAGCUGCUAUGUUUCUUUAUUGAAUUGAAAUUUUGACCGUGCAUUUGGAUUCAGCACUUUUUGGUUCACGAAGCGUGAUAGAUGGUCUCAUCCCCUGAAAUUUGAGACUAUGUUCUUGUAGAAGACUCAAAUUUUUUUCUCAAAAAGUGAAUUUGCUUAGUCUUUUUGGUGCUGAA